AUGACACCACCGUGCGAGGAAGCCGUCACUAGCAUGGACGGAGUACAGAAAGGGGCCUGGAAGCGAGAGGAAUCAGCACAGGAGAACUCCAGCGAACGAAAAAGAGGCGAGCAAGAACCAAAUAUAGGAGUUUGGAGAGGCAUAAUUUCAUCUAUUAAGCACUUUUCAAGCACUAGAGAAGCGACCAAAGCAGCCAGCCCAGGAACUGGGGCCGCAGCCUGGAAGCGAGAGGGAAUCAGCACAGGAGAACUCCAGCGAACGAAAAAGAGGCGAGCAAGAACCAAAUAUAGGAGUUUGGAGAGGCAUAAUUUCAUCUAUUAA